GUAGAACCGAACUGAGCGCCAGUCUCAGUCUAAAAUCACUCACUUCCGCCUCUCAGGGCGUUUAUGUCGCAGUUACCUGAGCAGCCAGCAACAUGUCCGACCCAGAAGGAGGGACUUCAGCCCUCAACAGUUCCUCAGUUCUGACCCGGAACACCAGUUUAGCACCCGGCUGUGAUCUUGUGGAAAAAACAGGCGGUCUUUUCUUCAUCCUGGUCUACAGUCUGCUGGUCCUCGUGGGUUUGGUCCUCAACAGCUUCAUCCUGUGGUUCCACUGCUGCCGGACUCUGCAGAGAYGGUCCAACAGUUUGAUGAUCUACCUGAAGAACCUGACGGUCGCUGAUCUGCUGCUCUGCCUCAGCCUGCUUCUCCGCAUUGCCAACUACACCAACGUUGCCAACAUUUCCAACGUCUCCAACUACGCCAACGUCGCCAUCUAUGCCAACGUCUCAAACUACGCCAAUGUCUCCAACUACGUCAACGUCUCCAAUUAUGCCAACGUCUCCAAAAACGCCAACUCCAACCACGCCAAUGUCUCCAUCGCCAACUACGCCAACGUCUCCAACUACGACAACGUCUCCAACUACACCAACUCCAACUACGCCAACGUCUCCAACNCCAACUACGCCAACGUCUCCAACUACGACAACGUCUCCAACUACACCAACUCCAACUACGCCAACGUCUCCAACAUCACCAUCUAUGCCAACGUCUGCAACUACGCCAACUCCAACUACGCCAAUGUCUCCAACUACGUCAACGUCUCCAAAAACGCCAACUCCAACUACGCAAACGUCUCCAACAUCGCCAACGUCUCAAACUGCGCCAACUCCAACUACGCCAACAUUUCUAACUACGCCAACGUCUCCACCAAGGUUGGCUACACAGACACCAUCCUCUACUGCAGCGUUGGAGCCUCCUCCCUGRUCCUCAACAUGUACGCCAGCGUCCUGGUCAUGGGCUACAUCGCAGCCAACAGGUACUUGAAGAUAGUCCAUCUUGUUGGAACUCACUUCCUGAUGAGGGUAAGAGCUGCUCGCAUCAUCUCCAUGACCACCUGGGUUUUCCUCCUGGCUCCGUCGACAGCGUACGUGGUCCUGAUGCAGACCAGCUACGAACCUGGCACCGUUCUCAGCUCCUGCGAGGCCUUCUUCAGUCCAACAGAACUGUUGUAA